AUGGAUUUAUUCUGGAAAAGGUUUUCUGUUGGAAUUUGUAUAUUGACCUCGGCACUACUGUACAUCCCAGUUCUUUUCUACUAUGGUGUCAUUGAAAUCCACAACCCAAAGCUUGGAAACAUUACAGGAUACCAGUGUAACAGACUACCAGGAACUCCCGCUCAAUUAAAAGGCCUUAGCAUCUUCCAAGGGGUCGGAUUCUUCAUCACGAUCAGUAACGUAGUGGUGAUCAGUGUCUUGUACAUCAUCAUAACUGUCUCUAUCGUCAAGCAGGUCAGGAAGAUGAAGAACAUCCACGUCAAACCAGCAGAACCAAGCGGGAUGUCUUCUGACGCUACAGCAAUGUCUGAUGUGUCGAAACCUCAAAAAAGCACUGUAUCCCAAGAAAGCAGCGAAGCUCUGGAAACAACUGUGAAUUCUGUGUCUCAGUUAGAGUCGAGAAAGCAAAAGAAAAUGCCAAAACCUGAUGCUAAGCGCAAUGCCUUUAGAGUAUCCUUUAUGUUCAUGACCAUUUCCUUUGUUGGCUUUCUGGCGUAUCUGCCUUCUUGGAGUUUCAUUGUCAUAGAAACCAACAACCCUACUUUCUGGAAAAAAUUGUCUACAACUGCAUUCCAUGUCUGUCUAACACUUCGAAGGAUGUAUAUGUUUAACCAUUUUGCGAAUCCUUUCAUUUAUGGUGUUUUUGAUGUAGCUUUCAGAAAAGAAAUUGGGAAGUUGUUUUGUGUUAAAUGA